UCGUUGCUUGUGUGUGUACGCCAAAGAUAUCGUGUCCUGUAACAGUAUGUGUAUGUUGUUGAAAAUGUAUCAACCCUGUUACUAGGAAAAUUAUUCGACAGACGCACUGCAAUAUCCAGCAUCCGCGUAUUGGUGUGUACUGUACAUCCAUCUCUCAUUCCAUCAGUUUUCGUGAAAAGAUGAAAAUGGGAUUUGUUUUUAUUGCGGCGUAGUCCUCCAAAAACCCGACAAAAACAACGCAAAUAAUGAGCAAAAACUUUAAAAAUGUGUGCUUCAUUGUUACAGUUUGGUAUUUUGCCGUAGCUGGAGAAAACAUCACCACCGAAAAUGACAAUAAAUAUUUGAACAACUUUGUCAAUAUCUCCAACCUACAACCGGAAUUGAUCGAAUAUUACGACUUAGAUGUGUCCGAGGAUGGCUACACAUCGAGCAUCCCACCAGAAAUUUAUCCCGAUCCGGAGGGUGUACUAAUCUCGAAGAAAAUACCAUUCAAAAAAGACCCACCACGUAGACCCACGAUUGGCGGAAAUUUGGUGGAAAGGAAUGACGAUUUGAAGGAACAUGAUACCAUUGACAAUAUCAUGUACAUCUAUUACGGAUCGGUGGGAACGAUGCGAAAGAGUCUGGGUGGAAGCAUAAUUAUUGUGGGUGCUGUUUUCGCACUGGCAGCUCAAAUAUUGGCCAUUGUUUUGUCGCUGCUGCGUAAUCGUCGUUUCCGUCGUCAAAACGACCUGGCCACCAUAUCACUUAAUCUGUUAUCGACACUAUGUGCUUCCAAUUUUGUAUUUAUCGUUGGUGUGCAGGCUUCCAAGACGUUAUUCAAAUGUGAAAUGAUUGCCGUUCUGUUGCAUUACUUCCAUUUAUCGACAUCUUUGUGGGGUUUAUCCCACUCAUAUACAAUUUACGAUUUUAUUAUAAAUGACAAUGCGCCAAAUUUAAAGUAUCAUAAUCUAGUUGCCUACGUUGGGUCAGCAGUUUAUGUGAUGUUGUCGUUCCUUGUUUCAAGUUCAAGUUUCGAGGUAGUCGACUACUGUUGGAUGUCCGUGGCUAGAGGAAUGAUAGUAAAUUUUAUGAUUCCGAUAUCGGUUCUUAUAGUCGCCACAACGGUUUUGGGAACAUUGUCAUUGAGAUCGGUUGCGUCAAAGCAACGAGAAGUGAUAGUUGAAAGUAUUGAGAAUAUACUCGAGAAAUGUCAGCACGUAUCUGCCGUCAUACCCACCAUGGAGAAAUGUUGUGAUGAGAUGGAUAAGCAGGUUUGUGAUACAGAUCUCAAGCGAGUUGACUUCUACGAUUCAAAAUUCGAUUUGGGUGCACUAUCUAUCGCUGACCUGUCGUUGCAAAGUUCAACGGAUUCCCAGGACUAUGCAGAAUUCAAACAUGCAUGCAUGUUUUCGUUGUUCUUCCAACCAGCGUUUGCGGUCUGUUGGUUUCUAGGCGUUGUCGCUCUGGAAAACCGGGAGUCGUGUGUUAUGCCGGUGGCAUUUAUUAUUGUUAGUAAUAUACUGAAUUGGUACAUUCUGUAUCAAUCAUCGUCAAUAUGUCCAGUUAUUAUUACUGCAUCGAACAGUCACUCACAGUCCGUGUCUGCCGUACAAUUUGAAUCGAACAGUAAUAACAACGAUGACACGAACCAGCCAACCAGUGGUAUGGAUACGAUUCCAUUGCUCUGUUCGGUGACAACUGGCAAUAAUCCCAUCAAUUCGAAUCCGAAUGUGGACGAUCUGUUUGGAAAUGGUACAUUGUGCGGACAGUUGAAUUCGUGGGAAACGAGUAUGGAAAAUGUUAAUUUGGAUUGCAUAAGUACAAUAAGCAAUUAAAGAAAAGAUUUUAGCUGAGUAACUUAAGGUAUAAUAGUUUAGAAAUUGGAAAAUAAUUUGUUUUUACUGUAGAAUUUUAAGGUGUUUUGCUUGUUAAAUUUUUAAGAGAAUGUUCCGUAUGGAACAGAAAAUAGGUUCAAUGACAGAUUUACAGUACAUUUAUCAGUACGAUUUAGAGAUCGUACAACGAAAUUAAAAUGAAAAUUCUCACAUUUUCCUUCGACAAAUUAUAUUUUGAGUACGGGCAACAGGCAGGCGAAUCCGGUGAAAUCGUUAAACCUAUUCAAACUAUUUGUUCAAUGUGUUGUGCACAGGUCUUUUAUUUCACUUAUUUUAACAUGCAUUCUCCUCUUUAAUGCCGAUGGUCAGCCAAACAACUGCGAAUAACAACAUUCGAAAACGCAUGACGUGUGUCGUUGAUUUAAAAAUCGAAGAAAUUACUAACUUCUCACCCCAAUUACAAAUCUCGUACCCAAUCUCGUUGCCAAGAUCAAAAACCCAGUGCCUAUUUUUGAGAAGUCGGUCUCUUGAACUCUAGAAAUUUCAAAAGAAAUCGGCUUCUCAAAAAUAGGCACUGCAAAAAUCACUUUUACCUGAAAGUUUAGGUCAGGCCAGGUUAGUUUAUAAUGAAUACGAGAACUUACCUGAACCUGUCAAGUAUUAGGCAUUAUUAAAUUUUCUUAGAAAUUUUUCGGGGUGAGAUCAAUUCAGAUUAGAUCCAGUGCCUUUUUUUAAGAAUUUUAUUCUUAAAAAUUCUAUAAAAUUCCUUAAAAUUCCAUAAAUAUUUUAUUGUCUGUGUCUAGAUCUUCAAAUUUCGUCUGUAUUACGGAUAUUCAAUUCUUCGGCCGUAGUCAAAUUAGUAUUUCGAAUCAAGUCAAGUUAAUAUCGAGAAACAGACCCGUUGACGGGUAACCUACAGGCUAUCGACUACGACGAACUACAAAAAUAAGCCAUGAGCUCUCAGAUGUAUUUUACACAGCAAAAUAUAAGCAAAAUAUAUGUUUAAGCAAGUCAAGUGUCACAUACGGCUAUUCAUCUGUUAUCGAUAGAACGACGACAAAAAAAUGACAAGCUCUGAGUA